ACCCGCGGCGAAGAGCCCUCCGGAAAACCGGAAGUUAAGAUUGUACACAGUCCCACUUCCUCCUCCACUUCCAAAUUUUGUCCCGCCUUGGCUCCUUAGCAGGCCAGGGAACUUUCUCCGCCCCGCUCCUAAAGCCUCGGUAAUUAUGAAGUGGUGGCGGGGGACAACUGGAAAGUGGGGCCGGAGUGGGGAGGGGCCAGAGAUAGAGGAGCUUGGCUCCUGCUGAGGAAGGGGGGUGGGCGGGAAGCAGAGACCUGUACUGAGUUCGAUUUCUCCCUUUUACGAGACCCUUUGGGGCUGAUCGCCACCUGCCUGUGCCUCCUUGAACCCAAUUCCUGUAUCUCCGCAAUGCCGGGAACCCCUCCCCUCCCACCACCCUCUCCGGUCCUGGGACUCUGAAGCUGGGCGGGGCUGGCUGGGACCAGAAAGGACUUGGUGCCCCAAUGGAGCUAGAAGGGUAGCACCAGGGUGCGAAUUUCCUGCAGGGUAUAAGAUAUCCGUGGUGCUGCUCUUGUUUCUGUCAGGGGUCGGCUGUGGCCUCCAACUUCCUUUUCGGGAUCUUCUUUCCUGCUAAAACGUCAGGCCUGGAAGGGGUGUCUGGGGGGGUCCCAGUACCAGAUGCAGUUUCACCACACCCUGUAAGGACCCAGGAGUCCUGCCUCCCAGCCUCUGGGCCCCAGACCCCCAAACUCCUCCCCACCCCACCUUCCGUCUUCCCUUGGGCAGCCUCUGCUUCAGUCACCCCAAGCAUGCUCUGUUCAGGCUAAACAAGGCAAUAACGACCCGAGAGGGAGAUGAGACUGAAGAGGAGUUCAAGAGGGCGUCCCAGAGGAGGCGAGAUUAUCGUUUGGACUGUAGGGAAGCUGGGGAGGACAGUGGUCCGAGCUGGGGAGGAAGAGCCUGUCAGCCGCCCAUCCAGGAUAGCCAGAGAAGGUGCUCCAGGCCUGGAGCUGGAAGUGCUGUUCAUGGACCCUGAGGAGAAUGGGAGCCUGGAGUCCCAGGGAUGGCCUUUGAGAGGGAUAGACUCCCAGCCCAGGAGGCGGUGACAUUCAAGGAUGUGGCUGUGGACUUCACCAGAGAGGAGUGGCGCCUCUUAUCACCUCCCCAGAAGGAGCUGUACAAGGAGGUGAUGCUGGAGAAUGCCCAGAACCUGCUCUCUGUGGGGCUUCCAGCUCCCCCAAAAGAUGUGAUGUCUUAUUUGGAGCAGAGGAAAACCCCAUGGAUGCUGGAUCAAGAAAGCCUGAGGAACUGCUGCCCAGAAAGAGAGAUCAGACCUGAAAUGAAGAUGAAUCCAACAGUGAUGAGCCCUUCUGUGGAAGAAACAGACCAUCAAAAAUUCAUGAGUGAUGGUACCGAUAACUUUGAUUUCAGAGAACUCAGUGUUGCACCUCAAUAUUCAUCUCAUGUUGAACAUCAAAGAAUGCACACUGAAGAAAAAUCUAGUGAAAGUAAUCAGUGCAGAAAGACAUUCAUGCACAGCACCAGUCUUGCUGGAUAUCAGAGAAUGCACACUGGGGAAAAACCUUAUGAAUGCACGCAAUGUGGAAAGACAUUCCAUUCAAGCUCUUAUCUUCCUAUACAUCAGAGAGUCCACACUGGUGAGAGACCUUAUGAAUGCAAACAAUGUGGAAAGACAUUCACAAUGAGAUCCAAUCUUGCUACACAUCAGAGAAUCCACACUGGUGAGAGACCUUAUGAAUGUAAUCAAUGUGGAAAGACUUUCACAGAUAAUUCCAAUCUUGUUCUACAUCAGAGAAUUCACACCGGGGAGAAACCAUAUAAAUGUAAGCAAUGUGGAAAGACAUUCCGCUUGAGUUCCCGUCUUGCUGUACAUCAGAGAAUCCACACUGGUGAGAGACCUUAUGAAUGCAAUCAAUGUGGAAAGACAUUCAUAGAAAGCUCCUAUCUAGGUGUACAUAAGAGAAUCCACACUGGGGAGAAACCUUAUGAAUGCAAACAAUGUGGAAAGACAUUCACAAUGAACUCCAGUCUUGUUGUACAUCAGAGAAUCCACACUGGGGAGAAACCUUAUGAAUGCAAGCAAUGUGGAAAGACAUUCCGGCAGAGCUCAGAUCUUGCUGGACAUCAGAGAAUCCACACUGGGGAGAAACCUUAUGAAUGCAAGCAAUGUGGAAAGACAUUCAGAGGUUACUCCUCUCUUGCUGUACAUCAGAGAGUCCACACUGGGGAGAAACCUUAUGAAUGCAAGCAAUGUGGAAAGGCAUUCAGGCGGAUCUCCCAUCUUGCUGCACAUAAGAGAAUCCACACUGGGGAAAAACCUUAUGAAUGCAAGCAAUGUGGAAAGACAUUCAGUCGGAGCUCCACCCUUGCUGCACAUCAGAGAAUCCACACUGGGGAGAAACCUUAUGAAUGCAAGCAAUGUGGAAAAGCAUUCAAUCAGAGCUCCCAUCUUGCUGUACAUCAGAGAAUCCACACUGGAGAGAAACCUUAUGAAUGCAAGCAAUGUGGAAAGACUUUCACAGAUAAGUCCUAUGUUGCUGUACAUCAGAGAAUCCACACUGGGGAAAAACCUUAUGAAUGCAAGCAGUGUGGAAAGACAUUCAGUCAGAGCGCUCAUCUUGCUGCACAUCAGAGAAUCCACACUGGGGAGGAAUCUUAAGAAUACAAACUAUGUGUGAAGAUUUUCACAUGCAGUUCCAGUCUUGCUCUUUUUUAUUUUAAUUUAUUUGAAUUACUUUAUUUAGUCAAUUUAGAACAUUAUUCCGUGGUUACAAUAAUCACAUUAUUUCUCUCCCUUCCCGCAGCCAACGUGCAAUUUCAUUGGAUAUUACAUGUGUCCUUGAUCAGAACCUAUUUCCAUAUUGUUGUUUACUCUAGGAUGUUCAUUUUGAGUCUACGUCCUCAACCAUAUCCCUUCGACCCAUGUAUUCAAGCAGUUGGUUUUCUUUGAUGUUUUUACUCCCACAGUGUUUCCUCUGGAUGUGGAUAGUAGUUUUUCUCAUAGAUUGCUCCAGGUUGUUCAGGAUCACCUCAUUGCCACUAAUAGAGAAGUCCAUUAUAUUUGAUUGUAACACAGUAUAUCAGAACCUGUGUACAAUGUUCUCCUGGUUCUGCUCCUUUUGCUCUGCAUCAGUUCCUGGAGGUCAUUCCAAUUCACAUGUAAUUCCUCCACUUUAUUAUUCCUUUGAGCACAAUAGUAUUCCAUCACCAACAUAUACCACAAUUUGUUCAGCCAUUCCCCAAUUGGAGGCCAUCCCCUCAUUUCCCAAUUAUUAUCCCUUUGGGGUACAAACCCAGCAGUGGUAUGGCUGCAUCAAAGGGCAAACAGUUUUUUAGUGCCCUUUGGCCAUAGUUCCAGAUUGCCCUCCAGAAUGGUUGGGUAAAUUCACAACUCCAUCAGCAAUGCAUUAAUGUCCUGACUUUGCCACAUCCCCUCCAGCAUUCAUUAUUUUCCAUUGCUGUCAUGUUAGCCAAUCUGCUAGGUGUGAAGUGAUACCUCAGAGUUGUUUUGAUUUGCAUCUCUGAUUAUAAGAGAUUUAGAACACUUUUUCAUGUACUUAUUAAUAGUUUUGAUUUCUUUAACUGAAAAUUGCCUAUUCAUGUCCCUUGCCCAUUUUUCAAUUGGAGAAUGGCUUGAUUUUUUGUACAGCUGGUUUAGCUCUUUAUAAAUAUGAAUAAUUAGACCUUUGUCAGAGGUUUUUCUAAUGAAGAUUGUUUCCCAAUUUGUUGCUUCCCUUCUAAUUUUGGAUACAUUCGUUUUGUUUGUAUAAAACCUUUUUAAUUUGAUGUAAUCAAAAUUAUUGAUUUUACAUUUUGUGAUUUUUUUUUCUAGGUCUUGCUUGGUUUUAAAGUCUUUCCUUUCCCAAAGAUCUGACAAGUAUACUGUUCUGUAUUCACCUAAUUUGUUUAUAAUAGUUUCCUUCUUUAUAUUCAGGUCAUUCACCCAUUCUGAGUUUAUUUUGAUGUAGGGUGUGAGAUGUUGCUCCAAACCUAAUAUCUCCCAUACUGUCUUCUAAUUUUCCCAGCAGUUUUUAUCAAAUAGUGGGUUAUGGUUCCACAAACUGGGAUCUUUGGACUUAUCAUAGACUGUCUUGCUGAGGUCAUUUACCCCAAGUCUUUUCCACUGAUCCUCCUUUCUGUCUCUUAGCCAGUACGAAAUUGUUUUGAUAACCACUGCUUUAUAGUAUAGUUUGAGAUCUGGGACUGCAAGUCCUCCUUCCUUUGUAUUUUUUUUCAUGAUUGCCCUGGAUAUCCUUGAUCUUUUCUUCUUCCAAAUAAACUUUAUGGUUUUUUCUAAUUCAGUAAAAAAAAAUUUUUGGUAGUUCAAUGGGUAUGGCACUAAAUAAGUAAAUUAAUUUGGGUAGGAUUGUCAUUUUUAUUAUGUUAGCUCAUCCUACACAUGAGGAAUCAUUGUUUUUCCAAUUGUUUAGAUAUACUUUUAAUUGUGUGCAAUGUUUUGUGGUUGUGUUCAUAUAGUUCCUGUGUUUGUCUUGGCAGAUAGAUUCCUAAGUAUUUUAUAUCGUCUAGGGUGAUUUUAAAUGGAAUUUCUCUUUCUAAUUCCUGCUGCUGUGAUGUGUUGGAUAUAUAUAGAAAUGCUGAUGAUUUAUGUGGGUUUAUUUUGUAUCCUGCAACUUUGCUAAAGGGGUUGAUUAUUUCCACUAGCUUUUUAGUUGAUUCUCUAGGAUUCUUUAAGUAGACCGUCAUAUCAUCUGCAAAGAGUGAUAGCUUGGUCUCCUCAUUGCCAAUUUUAAUACCUUCAAUUUCUUUCUCUUCUCUAAUUGCUACUGCUAGUGUUUCUAGUACAAUGUUAAAUAGUAGAGGUGAUAAUGGGCAUCCUUGUUUCACUCCUGAUCUUAUUGAGAAUGCAUCUAGUUUAUCCCCAUUGCAGAUAAUGUUGACUGAUGGUUUUAGAUAUAUACUGUUUAUUAUUUUUAGGAAAGGCCCUUCUAUUCCUAUACUUUCUAGUGUUUUCAGUAGGAAUGGGUGUUGUAUUUUAUCAAAGGCUUUUUCUGCAUCUAUUGAGAUAAUCAUGUGAUUUUUGUCGGUUUGCUUAUUAAUAUGGUCAAUUAUGUGGAUGGUUUUUCUAAUAUUGAAUCAUCCUUGCAUUCCUGGUAUGAAUUCUACCUGGUCAUAGUGAAUAACCCUUGUGAUGACUUGCUGGAGUCUUUUUGCUAGUAUCCUAUUUAAGAUUUUUGCAUCUAUAUUCAUUAAGGAGAUUAGUCUAGAGUUUUCUUUCUCUGUUUUUGACCUGCCUGGCUUUGGAAUCAGUACCAUGCUUGUGUCAUAAAAGGAGUUUGGUAGAACUCCUUCUUUGCUUAUUCUUUCAAAUAGUUUGUAUAAUAUUGGGAUUAGUUGUUCUUUGAAAGUUUGAUAGGAUUCAUUUGUGAAUCCAUCUGGAUCUGGGGAUUUUUUCUUGGGGAGUUCUUUGAUGGCUUGUUCAAUUUCUUUUUCUGAUAUGAGAUUGUUAAGGUAAUUUAUUUCUUCCUCUUUUAGUCUAGGCAAUUUAUAUUUUUGUAAGUAUUCAUCCAUAUCACCUAGAUUGCCAUAUUUGUUGCCAUAUAAUUGGGUAUAAUAGUUUUUAAUGAUUGCCUUAAUUUCCUCUUCAUUAGAGGUGACGUCUCCUUUUUCCAUCUUGUAUAUUGUUGAUUUGGUUUUUUUUCUUUCCUUUUUUUAAUUAGACUGACUAGUACUUUGUCUAUUUUAUUUGUUUUUUCAAAGUACCAGCUUCUAGUCUUAUUUAUUAAAUCAAUAGUUCUUUGACUUUCAAUUUUAUUAAUUUCUCCUUUGAUUUUUAGGAUCUCUAAUUUAGUCUUCAUCUGAGGAUUUUUAAUUUGUUCACUUUCUAGUUUUUUAAUUUGCAUGCCCAAUUCAUUGACCUCUGCCCUUUUUAAUUUGUUAAUAUAUGAACUCAAGGAUAUGAAUUUCCCCCUUAGUACUGCUUUAGCUACAUCCCAUAGGUUUUGGAAGGAUGUCUCAUCAUUGUCAUUUUCUUCAAUGAAGUUAUUGUUUCUAUGAUUUGUUCUUUAACUAAUUGGUUUUGGAGAAUCGUAUUGUUUAAUUUUCAAUUAAUUUUUGAUUUACCUCUCCAUGUACCUUUACUAAUUAUUAUUUCCUUUGCAUUGUGAUCUGAGAAGGUUGCAUUUAUUAUUUCUGCUCUUUUGAACUUGUUUGCAAUAUUUUUAUGCCCUAAUACAUGGUCAGUUUUUGUGAAUGUGCCAUGUGCUGCUGAAAAGAAGGUGUAUUCCUUUUUGUCCCUAUUUAUUUUUCUCCACAUGUCUUCUAACUCUAAUUUUGCUAAGAUUUCAUUUACUUCUCUUACCUCUUUCUUAUUUAUUUUUUGGUUUGAUUUAUCUAGUUCAGAUAGAGGAAGGUUCAUGUCUCCCACUAGUAUAGUUUUUCUAUCUAUUUAAUCCUUGAGUUCCACUAGUUUCUCCUUUAGGAAUUUUGAUGCUAUGCCAUUUGGUGCCUACAUGUUGAUUAGUGAUAUUUCCUCAUUGUCUAUAGUCCCUUUAAUCAGGAUGUAAUUACCUUUCCUAUCACUUUUAACUAGACUUAUUUUUACUUUGGCUUUUUCAGAUAUCAUGAUUGCGACUCCUGCCUUCUUUUUAUCAGUUGAUGCCCAAUAGAUUUGGCUCAAUCCUCUUACUUUCACCCUAUGUAUAUCUACCUUCCUCAUAUGUGUUUCUUGCAGACAGCAUAUGGUAUGGUUUUGGAUUCUAAUCCACUCUGCUAUUCUCUUGCAUUUUAUGGGUGAGUUCAUUCCAUUCACAUUCAGAGUUAUGAUUACUAGCUGUGUAUUUCCCAGCAUUUUGAUUUCUACUCCUGGUCCUGCCUUUUCUUUCACUAUUUCCUUCUAUACCAAUGUUUGUUUUUAAUCAGUCCCCCUAGUUCCCACCCUUAUUUUACUUCCCUUUCUACCCCCCUCCCUUCUUGUUCCCCCCCAUUAUUUUCCCUGUAGUCUUUCUAAAACUACCCCCCCACCCUUUCCCUCCCUUCUCAGAUUCUGGCUUGGGGGGGGGGGGUAUACCUUUUGAGUUGAGUCCAGCAGGAGAGUUCCUUGGCUCUGUCUUGUUGUUAGGUUUGAUUUUCCGUCCCCUAGGAGCAUUCAGUUUGUGAUUAUUAAGGAAGGGUAUUCAGAGAUCUGAACUUCUGCUCCUUCUAUGCGGCCAUCUUGACUCUGCCUCCCCCAGUCUGCUCUUGUGUGAAGGAAAUUUGCCCUUUCCCAUUUCUGGGGAAUCUGGUUUGAGCCUGAACUUGACUCUGAGGAGAGGAUUGUGUGAUGGGAACCAUUGAGGAUAAAAUGGCAGCAAGGAAAAGGCAGCUCUAGUCAAAAGAUCACAAUGGGAGCAGGGUGAAGUCUCCUGGACUGCCCUCUGGACUGCCUCCACCCCACCCCCCCAGGAGGUCCAGGCAGAAUAGAAAGCCACUGUUGGCUCCUAAGAUGAGAUUUGUGAGUUAGUGGGCAGAGAAAAUGUUUGAUAAACUGAGGCAAGAGCAGAUAUCUAAGCUCUUCAAUUUUAUUGCUGCCUGGACUUCCCAUGGCUAGGGGGUCCUAAUAGUGCAAGUUAAAUGGAGCAGUGAGGAAAGUAUUUCUCAUUCCUAUUUUCCCAUCUUUUCCCCUACUACCUUUGAUUAAAUAAAAUUAAUUUAGGAUCAGUCUCAUAAUUUUCCCUCAUAUACCAUUCAUCACAGAAACCACAGACAUUCACACUGAGCUUUCCCCUUGCUCAAAAUCAGACAACUCACUCUACUAUGUCUUAAGCCCUCCUAAGAUUAGGGCCAAAUGGGAAUAUGUUUUAGACAAAGUAUGAUCCCAUAAGAAAAUUAAGGGAGCAUAGAAUAAUUUAACUUUCAGAUCAAUUUAUUGAUGAGUGAAGAAUUUAUGACCAAAUAAGAAAUAGAUGACAUUAUGAGGUAUACAAUACAUAGUUUUUAUUAUAUUAAAUUCAAAACAUUUUGUAUAAAUAAAAUUAAUAUAAUCAAGAUUAGAAGUGGAAAGGAACUAUUAUUUGCUUUAUAACAAUAUGUUCAAUUAAAUACUUGUUUUUAAAAAUUCUAACCCUUUUUGCAAAUCCCUUAAUUCAUCAUUUCAUGGCAUCUGGAUCUAAAGAGUAGUGAUUUUAGAAAGGAAAUAAUGUCUUUGCUGUAUAGAAAUCAUUUGUAAUUAGCAUCAUUUCAUAUAUAAGGUUUCCCCAAAAUUUUGUAUAAGUAAAAAUUUAAAAAUAACCCAUGAAACUAUAGAUUUCAAAUAUUAAAUAAAAUUACUGACAUUGCAA